AUGGUGUUAUCUAGUAAUGAAUUGAAAGAUAUUGAAAAUAAAAUCAUUGAUCUGUUAAACAAUGAAAUUGGACCAAUAAUUAAGAAAAGAACAGGAACUACGUUUGGAGAAUACUCAGAUAAGACUAACUCAACUGACAUUGUCACUGAAGUUGAUAAGAGUGUUGAAAAAAAGAUUAAGGAAUUCAUUUCAGAGAAUUAUCCAAAUUUUAGUUUUAUUGGUGAAGAAACAUAUAUCAAGGGAGAGACAAAAAUAGGUCCUGAACCAACUUUUAUUGUCGACCCCAUUGAUGGAACCACUAACUUUGUUCAUGCCUUCCCAUUUAGUUGUACUUCCAUUGGUCUUUCUGAAAAUGGCGAUUCUGUAUUAGGAGUGGUUUACAAUCCUCACAUAGACCAAAUGUUCCAUGGAUCUAAAGGAAAUGGAUCUUAUUUAAAUGGGGAACGUCUAGAUGUUAAAAAGAGACCUUUGGAUUUUACAAGCAGUUUAGUGGCAUUAGAAAGUGGCUAUGAGCGUGGAGACACUGGUAAUUUCUUAAUUAAGUCAAAGUUAUGCAAAGCGAUGUUAAGUGAAAAUGGAGCCCAUGUCCAUGGUGUGAGAAGUUUAGGUAGUGCUGCUAUGAACAUAUGCUACGCCGCUGCCGGCUAUCUUGACUGUUACUGGGAAGGUGGUCCUUGGUGUUGGGAUGUGUGCGCAUCAAAAUGUAUUCUUGAAGAGGCUGGUGGCAUACUAGUGGGUGGCAACAAGGGCGUCUGGGAUAUUCAUUUGAACGAAAGGGUUUACUUAGCUGUUAGGGGCGGUACUACUGAGGCUGAGCAGAAAAAAUAUGUUGAGAAGUUUUGGAGCUACCUCGAAGGUGAUUUGGUUUAUGAGUACAGUCACUAG